AAGGGCUUCUAUAAAUACAAGCUCCCCUGGCGCGAUAGCUCCCUCAGUAGAGCUGCUUCUGGGCAAAGCAGAGGCCUCGUGGAUUAGGGCCCCCGAAAGGAAAAGGGCACAACAGAAUGGCGAAGCCUCGCAAAUCGAAGAAUGAAGACCAGAAAGUCGAGAAUUUAGGCGCCGUUGUUCGUCAUCAGAAGCUCUGUCUCUCGAUCGACAUGGAAGAACGUCAGAUUUACGGGUAUACGGAAUUGCAAAUUGCUGUUCCGGAAAGUGGCCUAGUUGGAUUACACGCAGAGAAUAUUAAAAUCGAUAAGGUCUCUGUUGAUGGAGAGCCGGCUGAGUAUGAAUUCUCACCACUCCGUCAACCAGAGGAGGAUAAGCGGAGAUGGCAAUUUGUUUCAUCCGCUACUUUUGCUGCCGAUGCUGCAUGCUCGACGUAUUUAUCGUCUCUCGAUAAAGAAAUAGCUUCGAAUCUGUUAAUUAAGUGUUGUAAGCCAGCAAAAGUAGUGAGCGAGCCAGAGGAACAGGCGAAUGGCGGGAACAGUACCCAACCCUCUGGCGAACCCAAGCAGAAUUUGAAACUGGUCCGCAUUGACUAUUGGGUAGAGAAAGCAGAGACAGGGAUUCAUUUUUCGAGUAAUGUGCUGCAUACUAAUAACCAGAUCAGGCGUGCACGUUGCUGGUUCCCUUGUAUGGACUCCAGUUCGCAACGAUGCUGCUAUGAUCUGGAAUUUACGGUGGCCCAGAAUCUGGUGGCUGUCAGCAAUGGUUGCUUACUUUUUCAGGUCUUGAGCAAGGAUGAUCCACCUCGCAAAACAUAUGUUUACAGAUUAAAUGUUCCAGUUGCUGCUGGAUGGAUAUCAUUGGCAGUUGCUCCAUUUGAAAUUCUUCCCGACCGUCAUAGUGGUAGUGUAUCACACAUGUGCUUGCCACCUAGCCUUUCAAAGCUUCGGAAUACUGUUGGGUUUUUCCAUACUGCGUUCAGCCAUUACGAGGAGUACCUUUCAGCACUGUUUCCAUUUGGGUCAUACAAGCAGGUUUUUAUUGCUCCUGAAAUGGCAAUAUCUUCAUGGAGUUUGGGGGCUUCUAUGAUAAUAUUUACUUCUCAAGUUCUAUUUGAUGAGAAGGUUAUUGAUCAGGUACACUAACUUACUUGAACCCACAUUGUUGAUGAAUUUAUUACUAUGGAUACUUUUUAUGGGCAAGCCAUUCAAAUUCCUUGGCCAGUACAUGGCGAUCAAUCUUGAUUCUUGAAAAAAUGUGUUCAAUGAGUUCUUCUUUUAAUUCUUUUAGAACAGCCUAAAACCUUACCGUCAUUUUAUUUUCCCUGAAUGACCAUAAUGAUAAGUGGGUAUUAUGAUGCCUGACUAAAUUACCAAGGGGUAAUCAGUCCCAAUUGGAUUCAUCAUAGACUCCAACACACAGAUCAAGUUUAGAUUCAACAGAAAACCCAGAUCUGGAAAAUUUGGCUGAAUAUAGGAGAUUAUGAUUACUCACAAACCACAAGUCGGAGGGAGCUGAAUUGUGAUUGAAUGAAGAUCCUAUAUGAGGGAACAAACCAUCUAAGCCGAACAGAUUCUGCUGGCUGGAUUGAGAGAUAUGCUCGGAAGGAGCUGAAUUUUGAUCGAAUGAAGAUCCUAUAUGAGGGAACAAACCAUAAAAAACUGAACAAAUUCUACUGGCUGGAUUGAGAGAUAUUUUGGUUGCAUGAGGAAGGAAAAUUUUGGUGAUUCUUCAAGAACUAGGCUGGAAGCGUCUGAUAGUCCUCAAAUUUGUAUUGAGUUUCCCUCCUAGGGUUGUAAACAAAACCCUAAAAUUCUGCAGUAAUCAGAGAUCUGGACUGGAAGAAACGCACUCGAAUUUUCUUCCUGGGAAAACCUUAUAACAUAGUUUUUAAGGCGGUAAGGCGAUGGAGGCGUUUGAGGGUCUUUCGGAGCGCCUUAGCCAUAACGCGGCAUAAAGCGUCGUCUUAUCGACUAAAACGUUCCUGUGUAAUUCUUUUAUAAAACCAAUCUAUUUGGCUCAAAUCCUAGUUGAAUCCUAUUACUCAUAUGUUAAAUAAAUAUUAAAAGUUUAUAUUCAUACCAUGUAAGAUAUUCAUCAAGAAAACAAAUCAAUA